AUGCCUUUAUGUACCGCUCAAGGUGCAUUCGAAAAAAUUCAGUGUGAACCCGAUGGUCGUCAAUGCUUCUGCGUAGACGCGCGAGGAAUAGAAAUUCCGAAUAGCCGAACUCGCAAUGGCCAAAAGCCGGACUGCGACAGCAUACUAACCGUCACUACACCUAGAACUAAAGAGUGUGUUGGAACUGCAAUGCGAGGACCAUGCUCAGCUACCGUAACUCGAUGGUACUAUGAUGAGCGUGAAGCGAAGUGUAGGAGAUUUGUCUACUCUGGCUGCGGUGGAAACGGAAACAAUUACGAAACGGAGGACGCAUGCAGUCAGCGUUGCGCUCCUCCACCUAUGGGACUUCCAAAGUGUGAAAAGGGCGAGCCGCUUAAGACCAAAUUGGGCGUCACUGUGAAUUGUGCCAAGUCAGACUGCCCCUCUGGAUAUAAAUGCAGCGUCGUGCAACAGUCUAGCGUCUGCUGUCCAGAAAAUAACAAAAUCAGUGUGUUGCUUGACACUUUUGCUAGGUGUUUGUCCUAUGCUAUGUUGAAAUAAGU